AUGAUUAAGACUGUAAUCUUACUGGCCUGUGCUGCCUUUCUUGUGGCUAAUGCCGGAGCCAACCCUGUGCCUGAACCCGGUUUUGGUGGACACGGAGGUUUCGGACACGGUGGAUUUGGACGCGGUGGAUUCGGACACGGUGGAUUUGGACACGUCGGAUUUGGACACGGUGGAUUUGGACACGGUGGAUUUGGACAUGGUGGCUUCGGGGGUUAUGGUCGCUAAAAUAAAACCAAUUUGUAAAAUUCAGACCAUGAAAUAAAGUGAAAUAACUCGAAGUUGAGGUUUCUAAAAAUCAUAAAGCCUAAGAAAA